CCACAACGUCUGUCAGGCUCCCUCGACCUCUGCACUUUCCUCUCACUGCGUGCUCUCGUCCUGGUCCUCACCUCCACCGUCGUUUCGCAGCACUGCGCUAUCCUGAAACGGGCAGCGGCCGAGUCCCCCUGAUAGCGGGCGGGGCCUCAAUCUCCUGCUGUACCGCGACCGCGCCGAGGCCUCGAAAUCCCUCCGCCUUGACGUACCACAGCAGCAGCCCGCAGCGACGCACGCACAACCGCUGCCUGCAGCAACGAGUGCAACGAACGGCUGAGGAGUGGCCGCUGGGCCGAGAGCGAUACUGUGCUGCCCAUCAUGUCGAAUACGAUUAAAGUGGUGGCGCGUUUCCGCCCGCAGAACAAGAUCGAAAUCGCCAGCGGUGGAGAGCCCAUCGUUGAAUUCAAAGGCGAUGAUACAUGCACGGUCUCGUCGAAAGAGGCCUCCGGGUCCUUCACCUUCGACAGGGUCUUCGACAUGUCCUCGCGACAGAACGAUGUCUUCGACUACUCGAUCCGACCCACUGUGGACGAUAUUCUUAACGGAUACAACGGUACCGUGUUUGCGUACGGUCAGACGGGUGCCGGAAAGUCGUACACGAUGAUGGGUACCGGCAUCGAGGAUGAGGUGGGCAAGGGUAUCAUCCCGCGAAUCGUCGAGCAAAUCUUCACCAACAUUUUGUCCUCCGCAAGCGACAUCGAGUACACAGUCAGGGUUUCAUAUAUGGAAAUCUACAUGGAGAGAAUCCGAGAUCUUCUGGUUCCACAAAACGACAAUCUACCGAUCCACGAAGAGAAGAACAAAGGUGUAUACGUCAAGGGUUUACUAGAAGUCUAUGUCUCGAGUGUGGAAGAGGUUUACGAGGUCAUGCGAAGAGGUGGAGACUCGCGAGCCGUUUCCGCCACCAACAUGAAUGCAGAGUCCUCACGAUCACAUUCGAUCUUCGUCAUUACUGUUGCGCAGAAGAAUGUCAGCACUGGCUCAACCAAAAGCGGUCAGCUCUUUCUAGUCGAUCUCGCUGGUUCCGAAAAAGUAGGCAAAACUGGCGCAAGUGGACAGACAUUGGAAGAGGCGAAGAAGAUCAAUAAGAGUUUGAGUGCGCUCGGCAUGGUCAUCAAUUCGCUCACGGAUGGGAAAUCCUCACAUGUUCCUUACCGAGACUCCAAGCUUACCCGCAUCCUGCAAGAAUCGCUCGGUGGCAAUUCACGAACUACUUUGAUUAUCAACUGCUCACCAAGUAGCUACAACGAUUCGGAAACGGUGAGCACAUUACGAUUUGGUAUGCGAGCGAAGUCUAUCAAGAACAAGGCCAAGGUCAACGCGGAACUCAGUCCGGCGGAGCUCAAAUUGAUGCUCAAGAAGGCGCAAGGCCAGAUUACGACGUUCGAAGGCUAUAUUUCUUCCCUUGAAGGCGAGGUGCAGCUUUGGCGAGGGGGUGAUGCCGUCCCUAAAGAGCGAUGGGUACCUGCUCUUGAGACAGGGUCAGGAAAGAAACCGCCUUCUACACCACGCGCGCAGACCCCGUCCAGGUUAGACGCUACAAAGAACUCAGAGACACCUUCGAGACCGGACUCAAGAUUAGAUAUCGAACGAGCUGGCACACCUAGCAUCCCUCUUGAAAAGGACGAGAAAGAUGAAUUUCUGCGAAGAGAGAACGAGCUUCAGGAUCAGGUCGCGGAAAAAGAGAGUUUGCUCGAAAAAGCGAACGAGCUGCUGAAAGCUGCAAGAGAGGAGCUUUCCUACUUCAAGGAGCGUGAUUCCAAGUCGAACAAGGAUACUGAGAGAAUGGCGACUGAACUGAACGAGCUCAAGAUGCAGAUCGAAAAACUCAACUUCGAAGGCAAAGAAGGACAGAUCACCAUGGACGGUCUCAAAGAUGCCAACGCGGAACUCACAGCCGAGCUCGAUGAUGUCAAACAACAGCUCCUAGACGCUCGUAUGAACGCGAAGGAGACAACUGCUGCAAUGGACGAGAAAAAGAAGAAGAAGGCAGAGGCUAUGGCGCAAAUGAUGGCAGGCUUCGAUCUUGGUGGGGAAGUCUUCAGUGACAACGAACGCGCUCUAGGAGAUAUCAUAAAACAGCUGGAUUCGUUGAAGGAGCUGAGUGCGUCCGGCGAGGCUAUCGCACCUGACGCUAUACAAGAACUCCGCGAGAAGCUUGUCGAAACACAAGGCAUUGUGCGUCAAGCCGAACUGUCUCUCAACAACCGAAACGAGCAAGAUGAUGUGCACAACAAGCGACGGGAAGCACUAGAGCAAAGGCUCGCCAACCUGCAACAGUCCUACGAAGAGCUCUGUGAGAAAAACCUUUCAGAAGCGGACAAGGAAGAGAUCAAGAGCCGACUGGCUGAAGCAUACGAGUCCCGCCAAGAAGGCAACAUUGCACUUCUGCAAGAAAUCAAGGAGGAUCUAGCUCGGAAGUCCGAGAAGAACGCCGAGUUGACAGCUGAGAUUGAGUCCCUGCAACAGCGCAUCAAGAGUGGUGCCAUUGCUAAUGGGGUGGCAAACGGCAUCAACGGCAAAUCGGUUCAGCAGCAAAUCGCCGAAUUUGACAACAUGAAGAAGAACCUGAUGCGGGAUCUGCAGAACAGGUGUGAGCGGGUCGUCGAGUUGGAGAUUUCCCUUGAUGAGACACGCGAGCAGUACAACAACGUCUUGCGAACAUCGAACAACCGCGCCCAGCAGAAGAAGAUGAUGUUUCUCGAGCGCAAUCUGGAACAACUUACUGUUGUUCAACGUCAACUCGUCGAGCAAAAUUCAAGUCUGAAGAAGGAAGUUGCCAUCGCAGAGCGUAAGCUCAUCGCCCGCAACGAGCGAAUACAAAGUCUAGAGCAGCUCCUGCAAGACAGUCAAGAAAAGCUCACCGCUGCGAACCAUCGAUUCGAAGCCCAACUUUCAGCGGUCAAAGAGCGUCUUGAGGCCGCGAAGCAGGGCUCCACCCGCGGACUCGGCUCGCCCACUGCCGGCGCCUCCUUCGCUUUCGGCGGCGCCGUCGGCUCGCGCGUUGCUAAACCCAUCCGUGGCGGCGGUCCCGUCCAAGACGGCCCCGUGCUCCCCGUGCUCAGCAACCUACAAGCGCAAGAUUCGGGCGCUCAGCAGAGCGGCAAGAGGACAAGCUGGUUCUUCAAGGGGUAGAAAGAAAGUUCUCACGCAUAGCGAUCUGAUCUGCAUCUUGGAUAUCUAUCAUGUCUCUACUUUAUGUGAUGGCGUUUGGUGCGAGCAAGAGGCGGGAGAACGGGUUGGUUGUUUGUCUCGCUAUGAGGAGACGACCAAGAACUAUUGGUAUGGAAUGGAAAUGCGUUCAUGAAGACUAUUACGCUGGGCGCUGCGACGCGAUAGAUGCAUACUUGGAGUUUGGGUUGCUGGGUGGGUCACCAGGUAGCUUUUAUAUCCCAAG